CUCCCCUGGCUCGCAGCUGGCACAGAGCAGAGCAUCCUGGGUAUAAUUAGGGUGUACCUCAUCCUCCAAGGUCUGGAGAGAGGGUGUGGGGGAGAGAGGGGGGAGUGAGAUAUCCAGGAAGGAGAAAGAGGGAAAGGUUGACAGUGUUUGGCACCUUUGGCACACACCGUCUCUGUAAUUGCCAGGGCAUACAUCAUCUGAGCUAAGGAUAGAGGAGAGGAGGAUGAAUGGAUGGAGCAGGGGAGGGAUGCAGGGAAACGUGAGAGGAAGAGUCUCAGAGGUGCAGAGGAGAUGGGUGGGGGGAAGAGUGAUUGAUAUGCAGAGAGAAAGGGAGAGGGCGGAAAAAUAGCAAAGGGGGGAGGAAGAGGAGAGGUGGUUUGACAAGACCUGUGAGCAGCUUUAGAUAGGAGAGGAGUCAUGGUGACUGACACUCGCUACAGGUGGUACACCGCUAUGUAAACACACCGCUGUCACUGCCUAGUAAAGUGUGGUUAUAUUCACACACACACACACACACACACACACCCUGCAGAGGUUCUAGUACACCAAAGUAAACAUACUGCUGUCAUAGUGUGUGUGUGUCGCUGGUGGAGAGCCGAUACAGGUAGUAGAGCUAUGCAUCGUGACCUGAGGGGUUGAACACACACACACACACACACACACACACUGGGGAUCAAUACUUUGUGCGUGUGUCCUGUUUGAGUGGCCCAGAUCGAUGGUGCCCCGUCCUGUAGAUUGAUCACCAAUACUCUGCGGCUUGUAUUGAUUAGGAAUCAGCUUAGUGAAGAGCUGUCUCAGUGCUGUCCCUGUGAUGAAGCCUACAGCACCUCUCUACUAACUGUGCUGAAGCCUAGAGCACCUCUCUACUAACUGUGUUGAAGCCUACAUCACCUCUCUACUAACUGUGUUGAAGCCUACAGCACCUCUCUACUAACUGUGUUGAGGCCUACAGCACCUCUCUACUAACUGUGUUGAGGCCUACAGCACCUCUCUACUAACUGUGUUGAAGCCUACAGCACCUCUCUACUAACUGUGCUGAAGCCUACAGCACCUCUCUACUAACUGUGUUGAAGCCUACAGCACCUCUCUACUAACUGUGUUGAAGCCUACAGCACCUCUCUACUAACUGUGUUGAAGCCUACAGCACCUCUCUACUAACUGUGCUGAAGCCUACAGCACCUCUCUACUAACUGUGUUGAAGCCUACAGCACCUCUCUACUAACUGUGUUGAGGCCUACAGCACCUCUCUACUAACUGUGUUGAGGCCUACAGCACCUCUCUACUAACUGUGUUGAAGCCUACAGCACCUCUCUACUAACUGUGCUGAAGCCUACAGCACCUCUCUACUAACUGUGUUGAAGCCUACAGCACCUCUCUACUAACUGUGUUGAAGCCUACAGCACCUCUCUACUAACUGUGCUGAAGCCUACAGCACCUCUCUACUAACUGUGUUGAGGCCUACAGCACCUCUCUACUAACUGUGUUGAAGCCUACAGCACCUCUCUACUAACUGUGUUGAAGCCUACAACACCUCUCUACUGUGUUGAAGCCUACAGCACCUCUACUAACUGUGCUGAAGCCUACAGCACCUCUCUACUAACUGUGCUGAAGCCUACAGCACCUCUCUACUAACUGUGCUGAGGCCUACAGCACCUCUCUACUGUGUUGAGGCCUACAGCACCUCUCUACUAACUGUGCUGAAGGCUACAGCACCUCUCUACUAACUGUGCUGAAGCCUACAGCACCUCUACUAACUGUGUUGAAGCCUAGAGCACCUCUCUACUAACUGUGUUGAAGCCUACAGCACCUCUCUACUGUGUUGAAGCCUACAGCACCUCUCUACUAACUGUGUUGAAGCCUACAGCACCUCUACUAACUGUUGAAGCCUACAGCACCUCUCUACUAACUGUGCUGAAGCCUAUAGCACCUCUACUAACUGUGCUGAAGCCUACAGCACCUCUACUAACUGUGUUGAGGCCUACAGCACCUCUCUACUAACUGUGUUUGAAUUCUACAUCACCUCUCUACUAACUGUGUUGAAGCCUACAUCACCUCUCUACUAACUGUGUUGAAGCCUACAGCACCUCUCUACUAACUGUGUUGAAGCCUACAGCACCUCUCUACUAACUGUGUUGAGGCCUACAGCACUGCUCUACUAACUGUGUUGAAGCCUACAGCACCUCUCUACUAACUGUGUUGAAGCAUACAGCACCUCUCUACUAACUGUGUUGAGGCCUACAGCACCGCUCUACUAACUGUGUUGAAGCCUACAGCACCUCUCUACUAACUGUGUUGAAGCCUACAGCACCGCUCUACUAACUGUGUUGAAGCCUACAGCACCUCUCUACUAACUGUGUUGAAGCAUACAGCACCUCUCUACUAACUGUGUUGAGGCCUACAGCACCUCUCUACUAACUGUGUUGAGGCCUACAGCACCUCUCUACUAACUGUGUUGAAGCCUACAGCACCUCUCUACUAACUGUGUUGAAGGCUACAGCACCUCUCUACUAACUGUGUUGAAGCCUACAGCACCUCUCUACUAACUGUGCUGAAGCCUAUAGCACCUCUCUACUAACUGUGUUGAAGCCUACAGCACCUCUCUACUAACUGUGCUGAAGCCUAUAGCACCUCUCUACUAACUGUGCUGAAGCCUAUAGCACCUCUACUAACUGUGCUGAAGCCUACAGCACCUCUACUAACUGUGUUGAGGCCUACAGCACCUCUCUACUAACUGUGUUUGAAUUCUACAGCACCUCUCUACUAACUGUGUUGAAGCCUACAUCACCUCUCUACUAACUGUGUUGAAGCCUACAGCACCUCUCUACUAACUGUGUUGAGGCCUACAGCACUGCUCUACUAACUGUGUUGAAGCCUACAGCACCUCUCUACUAACUGUGUUGAAGCAUACAGCACCUCUCUACUAACUGUGUUGAGGCCUACAGCACCGCUCUACUAACUGUGUUGAAGCCUACAGCACCUCUCUACUAACUGUGUUGAAGCCUACAGCACCUCUCUACUAACUGUGUUGAGGCCUACAGCACCGCUCUACUAACUGUGUUGAAGCCUACAGCACCUCUCUACUAACUGUGUUGAAGCAUACAGCACCUCUCUACUAACUGUGUUGAGGCCUACAGCACCUCUCUACUAACUGUGUUGAGGCCUACAGCACCUCUCUACUAACUGUGUUGAAGCCUACAGAACCUCUCUACUAACUGUGUUGAAGCCUACAGCACCUCUCUACUAACUGUGUUGAAGCCUACAGCACCUCUCUACUAACUGUGCUGAAGCCUAUAGCACCUCUCUACUAACUGUGUUGAAGCCUACAGCACCUCUCUACUAACUGUGCUGAAGCCUAUAGCACCUCUCUACUAACUGUGCUGAAGCCUACAGCACCUCUCUACUAACUGUGCUGAAGCAUACAGCACCUCUCUACUAACUAGGUUUUCUGACAUGUUUCAAAUCUAUUUCUGAGUCCACUUUCACAUCACUUUUAGCAUGCAGUUUUUUUCCCAACCCAGCACUAGCUCACCUGUUUCAACCAAUUAACUAAUAAUCAAAUUCCUUUAUUAGUUGAAUCAGGUGUGUGAAUACUAGGCUGGAACUAAAGCCUGCACACCCUGCAGCUCUCUAGAACCAGGGUUGGUGAUCUCUCUCUCUGAUGCCCCAGUCUUUUUUCUCUCUCUUUUCUUCUUCUCUCUGUCCACCCACUUAACUGGAGACCCCGUCUCUCCCCUCCCUCUCUCCAUGCUAUUCUCUCUCCUUUUUCUCCUCCACUGACUCCCUCGCUCUGUCGCUCCCCUAUAAAGACUCCCUCUGACGGACCUGAACUUGCCGCCCAAGACACACAUCCUGUCUUUUAUUUCUCUUUUUCUCCCUCUUGCGUUUUCUGCCCCCCUCAUCCCUCCCUCAUGUGCUCGGUGUGGAGUGGAGACCAAUUAAAGUCCAUCUCCUCCUCUCUCUCUCUCUCUCUCUCUCUCCAGGGUCACUAAUUAAAACUCACCUCUUUUGUCUCUACUCUUUUCUCCUCCCCUCAUCGUCUUACUUUAAUAAACUCACUUUGUUUCUAUCUUUUUUCAGUCUUUCUAAUUGUCAUGACUCUCACUUUGUCCAUCCUCUCGUCUUUCUCCUUCUGUCAUGACGUUCUACAUCCCUUUGUACUCUCUUCCCUCCCUCAUACUUCUCCUUCCUUCCUUCUCUUGCUCUCUUUUCUUCUCACGGUUUUUGUUUCAUCACACACUUCAUCCCUCGCUCUCUAUCUCAGACUGACUAUCACUGCUCUACAUAUCUACCUCUUUUCUGUCUCUGUAGUUAACCUCUAAAAGUCUAAGCCAUUGGGGGGUAGUAAGCUUUCAUACGGAAUUGUAUUUAGAUGAUCAUACCAUGGAUAAUUAACUCUUGAUUUUGAAUUUAAGGACCCCAUUACAUUGAAUUUGGCAUUUACUACUAUAGCCCAGAGUUUCCCAAACUCAGUCAUUCCCUCCCAGGUGCAUGUUUUGGUUUUUGCCCUAGCACUACACAGCUGAUUUAAAAUAACCAAUUCAUCAAGCUUUUAUUAUUUGAAUCAGCUGUGUAGCACUAGGGCAAAAAACAAAAUGUGCACCCAGCGUGGGCCCAAGAACCGAGUUUGGGAAACCCUGCAAGUAUAACCCAUAACAACGCAUUGAUAACACAUUCAUAAAUGGCAAAAAUAUAUAUAUAAAAAAAAUAUAAUAAGGAAUAAGGUUAAGUGUCUGUCCUACCGUUCGGACGCUACAGACGUUUUGGUGAGAAGACAGAUUUUCGGGAUGUCUCAUGGUCUGACAAACACUGCUGUAGCUCGGCCACCUUCCACCGCAAAUGCGUAAGGCCGACAUAUGCGGAUGCGGUGGAUUGAGACGCAGCCCUGAUAUCUAUUUUUGUGAGGAUUUUUUUGUUAUGUUACUUAGAUUGUGUCAAUCAACUCUUAAGGAUUCAUAUUCUGCAGACUGGUGGACAUACUGUAUGGCCAGUCUGUUUUUCUCUUUCCACUAGUAGAGGACUGUUAGAUAUGCUGUUUCUCUUUCCACUAGUAGAGGACUGUUAGAUAUGCUGUUUCUCUUUCCACUAGUAGAGGACUGUUAGAUAUGCUGUUUCUCUUUCCACUAGUAGAGGACUGUUAGAUAUGCUGUUUCUCUUUCCACUAGUAGAGGACUGUUAGAUAUGCUGUUUCUCUCUCCACUAGUAGAGGACUGUUAGAUAUGCUGUUUCUCUCUCCACUAGUAGAGGACUGUUAGAUAUGCUGUUUCUCUCUCCACUAGUAGAGGACUGUUAGAUAUGCUGUUUCUCUCUCCACUAGUAGAGGACUGUUAGAUAUGCUGUUUCUCUCUCCACUAGUAGAGGACUGUUAGAUAUGCUGUUUCUCUUUCCACUAGUAGAGGACUGUUAGAUAUGCUGUUUCUCUUUCCACUAGUAGAGGACUGUUAGAUAUGCUGUUUCUCUCUCCACUAGUAGAGGACUGUUAGAUAUGCUGUUUCUCUCUCCACUAGUAGAGGACUGUUAGAUAUGCUGUUUCUCUUUCCACUAGUAGAGGACUGUUAGAUAUGCUGUUUCUCUCUCCACUAGUAGAGGACUGUUAGAUAUGCUGUUUCUCUCUCCACUAGUAGAGGACUGUUAGAUAUGCUGUUUCUCUCUCCACUAGUAGAGGACUGUUAGAUAUGCUGUUUCUCUCUCCACUAGUAGAGGACUGUUAGAUAUGCUGUUUCUCUCUCCACUAGUAGAGGACUGUUAGAUAUGCUGUUUCUCUCUCCACUAGUAGAGGACUGUUAGAUAUGCUGUUUCUCUCUCCACUAGUAGAGGACUGUUAGAUAUGAUGCUGCUUCUCUCGCCACUAGUGGAGGACUGUUAGAUAUGAUGUUUCUCUUUCCACUAGUAGAGGACUGUUAGAUAUGCUGUUUCUCUCUCCACUAGUGGAGGACUGUUAGAUAUGAUGCUGCUUCUCUCGCCACUAGUGGAGGACUGUUAGAUAUGAUGCUUCUCUCUCCACUAGUGGAGGACUGUUAGAUAUGCUGCUUCUCUCUCCACUAGUGGAGGACUGUUAGAUAUGCUGCUUCUCUCUCCACUAGUAGAGGACUGUUAGAUAUGCUCCCUCUCCUCAAUUCACCAUGGCCCUUCGACACCGUACUGCUCAUGUCUGGCCCCAUGUUGUUAUGCCCAGAACCAGCCAGCCUUGACUGGAGGCCCUAGUGUGUGUGUGUGUGUGUGUCAGAGAGUCAAGUCCACAUUGUACUCUUCCGACUCCCUUUUCUCCUUAAUUAGCAUUGUUGGGCCUCUCACUCUCUCAUCUGUCUCUCUCUCUGUUUUUCCUGCCACUGCUCCUAGCUAUAUCAUUACAUAGUAUCAGAUACCAAAACAAGUAAUAAAGGCUGCUGUACAUUAUAUUGCUUUAUCGUACCUUGUAAUCGCUGUGUGGAAUAUUGAUGAUCUAUCCAUCCCUCUUCUCUCUCCAUCUCUCCUCCAGGCCCACAGUUAUAUAGACUAUCUAUCAACCAUCCAUCUCUUCUCUCCAUCCCCCUCUCUUUCUCUCAGACUAACAGUAUUGUAUUUUACUGUGUUUGAUCGUUAUUGUGGAAUGUUGAUGCUUCAUCUCUUUUCCUCUCCCUCUUUCUCUCUCCCAGGUUGACGGGAGGUGAUCUGUCCAUCCAGGUGAAUCUGAAUGACUACCUGGAUAUAUUCUGCCCCCACUACCCUCACCCGUCUCCCCCCAGUGAGGAGGCCUCCCCCCAGGCCCCACCAGGCAGCCUGGCCCUGUACCUGGUGGCUGAGGGGGGGUUCAGGGGCUGUGUGGAGACCCAGGGGGCCAUCAAGAGGUGGGAGUGUAACACGCCCCACACCCCUUUCGGCCCUGUCCGCUUUUCAGAGAAGAUCCAGCGCUUCACCCCCUUCUCUCUGGGCUUUGAGUUCCUCCCCGGACACCACUACUACUACAGCUGUGAGUAGAUGGGAGGGUGUGUGUGUGUGUAUGUAAGUCAAUCUGUAUAAUAUUAUAAUGCAGGCAGUGAAAUAACUUGGGUUUCCUCUUUUCCCACUACUUCCUCUUUCUGUCUUCCUCUCUCAUUUAUCUCCAACCACUGGAGGAGAGGGAGAGGAGGAAGCAAGGGAGGGAGGAGGGAGCAAGGGAGGGAGAGGAGGGAGAGGAGAGAGGAGGGAGAGGAGAGAGCAAGGAAGAGAGGGGAGGGAGCAAGGAAGAGAGGGGAGGGAGCAAGGAAGAGAGGGGAGGGAGCAAGGGAGAGAGAGGAGAGAGAGGGGAGGGAAGCAAGGGGAGAGAGAGGAGGGGGGGCGAGAGAGAGAGGAGGGAGCGAGAGGAUGAGAGGAGGGAGCAAGGAUAGAGAGGAGGGAGCAAGGGAGAUGAGGAGAUGAGCAAGGGGAGAGAGGAAGGGAGCAAGGGAGGGAGAGGAGGGGGAGAGAGGAGGGAGCAAGGAGGGAGAGAGGAGGGAGCAAGGGAGAGAGAGAGGAGGGGGAGCAAGGAGAGAGGAGCGGAUGGAAGCGAGAGGAGGAGAGGAGGCGAGGAGCCGAGAGGAGAGAGGUAGGGAGCAAAGGGAGGGAGAGAGAGGGGAGGGAGAGCGAGGAGGGAGCGAGGGGAGGGAGAGAAGAGGAGGAGAAGCAAAGGGAUAGAGAGGAGGGAGCAAGGGAUAGAGAGGAGGGAGCAAGGGAGAGAGGAGGGAGCGAGGUAGAGGAGGGAGCGAGGGAGAGAUGAGGGAGAGAGGGAGAGAGGAGGGAGCAAGGGAGGGAGGAAGAGAGCAGGGGAGGGAGGGGUGGGUUUGUGGAAUUAACUUUAUUUACAACUUCUGGUUGCAGUCCAACCAAAAGGGACAAGACUGUAUAUAGUCAUAAUAUGAAUUUUUAAAUGUCUCUAUUCCUUUGGAACUUUUAUGAGUGUAAUGUUUACUGUUCAUUUUUUUGUUUAUUUCACUUUAGUUUAUUAUCUAUUUCACUUGCUUUGGCAAUGUAAACAUUUCCCAAUGCCAAUAAAGCCCUUUGAAUUGAAAUUGAAUUGAGAGGGAGAGAGAGAAAGGGAGAGAGGGAUGGGUUUGUGGCCGUAAAAUCAGUUUCUUACUGUUUUACAACUUCUGGUCACAGUCCAACCAAAAGGGGGGGGGGGAGCCAGAAACAAGAAAGAACAGAGCGAGAAAGAGAGAGGGAACGAGUGGAGAGGGGCGACAACAAAGAAACAGACAGAGGGACACAGACAAGCUAUGAGGAAAAAUGGAGAUCAAGACGGAGAUGUAGCCAGAGAGAAAAAGAAAGGCUUUUAAAGCAGUGGAGGAAGAGAAGCGUGGAGGAAUGACAGAGAGAGAGAGAGCGAGAGAGGGGAGAUGGACAGAGUCUAACAGUACAGGAAGGGAGGGGGGAGAGAGAAAGGGGGAUGAGUGGAAUCCACGGGAAGAGAGAAAGGGGGAGCAACAAAAGCGAGGGAAAAGGGCGAGGAAAAAUAAUGGAUGAGAGAGAUGGAGGGAAAGAAAUAAUCUUUACAUAAAUUACUAUUGUGGUCUGCAGGACAAUGGAGCAUUGUCAGGGCAUGCGAGAGCACACACACACACACACACACACACACACACACACACACACACACACAGCCAUUGUGGAUGUGCAGGGCUGGAGAACACAACAAUAGCCUCCUCCCCUCGUACUACCCCACUGGGCCUGGCUGGCUGUCUGUGUGUGUAUUGUCCACAUCAAAGAUAACACUUGAAGUUUGUCCAAACGUCUGGCUGGGUGAAAGGGCCAGGCCAUAGGGACAGUAUAAUGGUUUUAGACUGGUGACACUAGAAUGGAGACAGUAUAAUAGUUUUAGACUGGGGAAACGACAAUAGUAUUAGAGCCGCUAAUCGUAUUAGCUGUUUCAGUCUGUGUCUCUUAUAGCGAUCCACACUGACAGCUCACAUAGCAUCCGCAUCAAUCAGUCUAGUGAUCUAUAGUCACUAGAUGGCAUUGCUAGAAGGAACAGCAUUUUCAGAACUGACGAGCAAGUAGACAAGCUUUUGUUCGGUUCCGUUAAGGGUUAAGAUUAGAGGUGGCUGUUUUGAAAUUGCAUGGUUAGAAAGGUUAAGUUUGCAUUCUCCUUAUUAUAAUAUAUGCCAUUUAGCAGACGCUUUUAUCCGAAGCGACUUAGUCAUGCGUGCAUACAUUUUAUGUAGGGGUGGUCCCAGGAAUCAAACCCACUGUCCUGCAAGUACCAUGCUCUACAAACUGAGCUACAGACGACCAGAUAGUGAUGACUGUGUUUCUGUCGCUUAACUCUGACAGCAGCUGCCAAACAGGAAACACCUUGACUCCCACAAUCCAUUGAGUCACCUUUGACCCCUGUAGUGGUUGCUGUCUGGCUGGAGUUUCCAAAUGGAAAACCUUUUCUCUAGUUUCUUUCAUACCAACUGAAUGCAAUCCAGCUGAGUUCUGCUGGUUGGUGAAUGGUGAGACAUUAUAUGGUAAAUGGUGACACGUUCUAUAUUAUUGUCAAAUACACUACAUGAGGGGUUGGGCAGAAAAGCUCCCAACACUUCAGCACAUACCUUUACUGUAACAAGACAACCUUUCUCUCUCUCUCUCUCUCUCCAGCAUUGCCUACAGGGGAAAGCUCCCCCCUGCCCUGCAUGAAGCUGCGAGUCACAGUGUGCUGUGAGCCCAGUGAGUAAACUCCUCCUUUUCCUCUCGCUCCCUCCCUCCAUCACCCCUAUGGGCUCUUCUCUAGUUCUAUCACAGCUAGCUGGGGUUAUUCCUGCUCUUCAUUCCUCUCUUCCUCUAGCUGGGGUUAUUCCUGCUCUUCAUUCCUCUCUUCCUCUAGCUGGGGUUAUUCCUGCUCUUCAUCCCUCUCUUCCUCUAGCUGGGGUUAUUCCUGCUCUUCAUUCCUCUCUUCCUCUUCCCUAGCUGGGGUUAUUCUCCUCUCUAUCCCUCUCUUCCUCUAGCUGGGGUUAUUCCUGCUCUUCAUUCCCUCUAUUCCUCUAGCUGGGGUUGUUCCUGCUCUUCAUCCUCUCUUCCUCUAGCUGGGGUUAUUCUGCUCUUCAUUCCCUCUCUUUCCUCUAGCUGGGGUUAUUUCACUGCUCUUCACCCUCUCUUCCUCUAGCUGGGGUUGUUCCUGCUCUUCAUCCCUCUCUUCCCUAGCUGGGGUUAUUCCUGCUCUUCAAUCCCUCUCUUCCUCUAGCUGGGGUUAUUCCCUGCUCUCAUCCCUCUCUUCCUCUAGCUGGGGUUAUUCCUUGCUCUUCAUCCCUCUCUUCCUCUAGCUGGGGUUAUUCCUGCUCUUCAUCCCUCUCUUCCUCUAGCUGGGGUUAUUCCUGCUCUUCAUCCCUCUCUUCCUCUAGCUGGGGUUAUUCCUGCUCUUCAUCCCUCUCUUCCUCUAGCUGGGGUUAUUCCUGCUCUUCAUCCCUCUAUUCCUCUAGCUGGGGUUGUUCCUGCUCUUCAUCCCUCUAUUCCUCUAGCUGGGGUUAUUCCUGCUCUUCAUCCCUCUCUUCCUCUAGCUGGGGUUAUUCCUGCUCUUCAUCCCUCUCUUCCUCUAGCUGGGGUUAUUCCUGCUCUUCAUCCCUCUAUUCCUCUAGCUGGGGUUGUUCCUGCUCUUCAUCCCUCUAUUCCUCUAGCUGGGGUUAUUCCUGCUCUUCAUCCCUCUCUUCCUCUAGCUGGGGUUAUUCCUGCUCUUCAUCCCUCUAUUCCUCUAGCUGGGGUUAUUCCUGCUCUUCACUCCACCUUUCACCUUUGAUUUUUCUCCGCCACCUCAUCUCUUCCUCUUCCUCAAAUGUAAAUGUUUGUGAUGGAGGGCAUCCUUUCUUCAUCAUUCUCCUUCUCCCUUUCUCUUCUCUAUCUACCUGGUACCCCUGCACAUUGACUCAGUACUGCUACUCUCUGUAUGUACAGUACAUAUCUACCUGGUACCCCUGCACAUUGACUCAGUACUGCUACUCUCUGUAUGUACAGUACAUAUCUACAUAGUACCCCUGCACAUUGACUCAGUACUGCUACUUUCUGUAUGUACAGUACAUAUCUACCUGGUACCCCUGCACAUUGACUCAGUACUGCUACUCUCUGUAUGUACAGUACAUAUCUACCUGGUACCCCUGCACAUUGACUCAGUACUGCUACUCUCUGUAUGUACAGUACAUAUCUACCUGGUACCCCUGCACAUUGACUCAGUACUGCUACUCCCUGUACUGUAUAUAGACAAGUUAUUUUCUACUCUUUUUAUUUGUUAUUCACUGGAUUUAUUCCUCGUGACACUAUAUAUGACUCCUCCCUUUUUCCCUCUUCAUUUUCUGGAGAGUUAGUCAGAGGACCAGGGCAAUUUACGGAAGCUCUAGCAUCUUCUUUAGCCAGCGUGUGUGUCAAAAUAACAUUUGUUCAACAGCAAGCUCUCUGUCUGUCUGUCUCUCUCUCUCGGUCUCUCUGUGUCUCUCUGUCUCUCUCUCGGUCUCUCUCUCUCUCUGUCUCUCUCAAGCCACCACCACCAUUAAACUUCUCUCUCUUGUUUUACUCUACCUCUGGUGUGAAUUCCCAGAGUUGUUCUAACCCAGAGCCUUCCUACUGUAAUGUUAGUCUUCCGGUCCACUGAGCUGCCUGUUCCUAUUCUGGUCGGGAAUGUUGCCCAGUCACUGUGGGAAUGCCUCUACACGCUACAGUUGAAGAGACUUGUGUGUGUGCGCGCGUGUGUAAGAGACGUCUGUCCCAAUUCCCAUCACAUCCCAGUGGAAUGGGCAGGAGGGCUAAAGAAAUAUCCCAGCCUCGUCUCAACGCUACAGGCAGGGAUAUCAUUAGUUAGGUGUGUGUGUCUUCUCUUCAUAGUGUUUAUCAUCAAGCCCCGAACCAGGACAUAUAUUAUGUUGUAUAUAUUCUCUCUUCUUAAAUGCUAACUCUAUUCCAACGAGAGAGGAGGGUCAUUUCAUCUGUCAAACUAGAAUGAACGUUUGUGUUAAGUUCUAAUGGUCCCAUAGUUGUUCAUUAACAACACUCUGGAUAGUGUUUCUGUGGGGAACAGCAGCAGUAGUGUUGCCCCUCUGACUGUUUCCUUCCAUUGCUGCUGUUUUUCAGACUGACUGAAAAUAUGUAAAGCGUUUUAUAUACAGUAUAUAUUAACUCAUUUACCCAAAUUGACAUUAUUUUCAGUCUCUGUUCCUCUCUCUCUCUUUCUUCCUCUCUUUCAUUCUGUCUCUUCCUCUCUGUUCUCUCAUCCUGUUCUCCUAGUGAAGCUAAUCCAGACCACAUUUCAAGAGCCCUCUUCUCUCUGUCUUUUUCCUCUCUAGUCUUCUGUCGUUCCUGAAGUAGCACUAAUCUCCCCCUCUCUCUGUGUCUUCUCCUUGUUCCCCAUCCCUCCUUUUUAUGAUCUGUCGCUACUGGAGCAAAACUAAUCAAGACUUCAUCCACUACCAUGUAUUUUACUCCCUACAUCCCUUACUCCUUCACCCCUCUACCUCCUCCUUCACUCUAUCCUCCUAUUUCCCCUCCUCCUCCUUCACUCUCUCCUUCCCACUGUUCUCCCUCUCCUCAUCUCCCACCCUCUCUCUCCCUCCUCCCUGCCUCUUCACUCUCUCUAUCCCACUGUGCUCCCUCCAUCCCCAUGUCUCCCACCCUCUCUCUCCCUCCAUCCCUGCCUCCUUCACUCUCUCGCUCAUCCCACUGUGCUCCCUCCAUCCCCAUGUCUCCCACCCUCUCUCUCCCUCCACCCCUUCCUCCUUCACUCUCUCUAUCCCACUGUGCUCCCUCCAUCCCCAUUUAUCCCACCCUCUCUCUCUCCCUCCAUCCCUCCAACAUUUUCUUUUGUCACUCUUCUUCUUUGUCUCUUUUCUUUUCUUUGUCUUUUCUAUCUCACCUCUGUAUCUCUCCAUCUCCUCUCUGGCCACUUCUUUACCAACUCUCCCUCUUUUCUUUUGUUCCCCCUCUCCCUCUCUAUCUCUGUAAUGCAGGGUCUGUUCUGUAAAUGUGUUGGGAUGAGGAUACAUGAGGAGAGAGCAGGAUGAGACUGAGAUGGAUGAGAGGAGAGAAGUUUCCUCUCUCUCUCUCUCUCUCUCUCUCUCUCUCUCUGCCUGUCCAUUAGUGGUUGUUUAGUGCAGCUGUUGUUGUGCUCCCUGCGGCAACGCCUCACACUCUCUCUCUGGUUCCUUCCUGUAGAGGUUCCCUUUUAUCGAACAGGCAGUGUGGCACAUACAGUGUGUGUGUGAGGGCCCAGUGAUGGCCGCUCCUGUCCUUAAGCUACAGCCUUUCUCUGGCUGCUCAGGAUGCUUUAUUUCCACUGAGUCUGUCUCUCUCUCUCUCUCUCUCUCUCUCUCUCUCUCUCUCUCUCUCUCUCUCUCUCUCUCUCUCUCUCUCUCUCUCUCUCUCUCUCUCUCUCUCUACAACUCUCUCUCUCUCUCUCUCUACAACUCUCUUGCUCUCCCUUACUCUCUCUACAACUAUCUCUCUCUUUACAACUCUCAUGUCUUUUUCAAACAACAAACCGUGCUCUGAAUGUAUGUUUCAGGUGUUGAUUCCCUGUAGUUGGGAACACACACACACACACACACACACACAGGGACCUGAAGGACAGAGCGGUGACUGAGAGAGAGGGUCCAUCAGGUACACUGUCAUUGUACCAAGGUCACCCAGCACUCUGUGGUGCCAUCAUCUUCUCUCCUGUGUCACUGUGUGUGUGUUUAUCCACUCAAAUUAACCAGCACUCUCCUGUGUGUGCAUGUGUCACAGGCCAACUUUUUCUCUAACUCAAAUGAACUAAAACAGCUGUAAAGAGAGCAGGGCAGGUAGGACACGGUUGCACGUGACACAGGAAGCUCCUAAGGUCUGUGCUGGGAGUAAUUAGUCACUUUAUCUAUGUUCCUCUCUCCCUGUUGGUGUCUAUUUAUUAGAUUCAAUUCUCUUUGGAUAUCUUGGUUCUGCAGACUGCUGAAUGACAUUGUAAAUGAACAGAAAGUCUGUAAGUUUGACUCUACUGUAAAUUUGACUCUACUGAAGUGUCCCGGUGAAAAGGGUCCCCUACCCACUCCAGUUGAGCGGUGUCACAGCAAAAAGCCCUCUUCCCCAAUUCUGCUGUGCUAGAACAGUGUUGCAUCAGACACGACCUUCAAAAUCUGCAUAACCAGAGCGGUGUCACGCUGAAACAGCUCCCCCUGCAGCUCCACCUUUCUUUCCUCCCCAGCAAUCUUCUGCUAUCCCCCUCUACUCACCUUUCUAUGAAGACGACUUCUCCAAACAUGAAGUCUGCUGUUGUUCCUCACCCUCCUCUCUCUUUCCUUCUCUCUCUCUCGUUCACCCUCUCUCCCGCUGUGUGAAGCCAUUAUAGGCGUUCUACUCUCUCUAAUUGAUUUCCCCUUUCUUUCUCCUCCUCUCCUCUGUUUCUCCCUCCCUCUCUCCCCUGCUGUGAACAGUCCAUCGCGGUCAUUUCAGGUUGCAGUCCCCUCUCCGUUUCUUUCACUUCUUUUGCGCUUUUUUUCACUUUUUCUUUCAAAAUGUCCUUCCAUCACUGACCCCCACUAUUCUGAAUACCUUUGUGCCCCCUGCCCACCAUUCCGAACACACACUCACACACAAACACUCACACACCACUCGUCUACCUCUCUCUCCGACUUCCAACUCAACACUGAAAGACUAACUUUGACCAACUUUCUACCGUGUUUAGAUUUUUCUCUCUUUUUCGGCAAGCGGGUUUGGAAUGUUUUGUUUGCUCAGGAAGAUGGCUACCUACCUUUAGUCACUGUGUUUAUAAAAUGGCGGCGUGGGGGAGGGAGAUGUGGAGUCACGGAAUGGUGUCUCGCUGCAGUUCUCCGUCUGGAGACACACACAUCCAUGCGUGCUCACAUCCACUCACUCACACACACAGUAGGUCUCUCUCUGCAGUGCAGUGCUGUCCUGAGACGCAUGCGACCAUGGCAGCCAUUUUGGGGUAGAGCUGGCCGUGACCAAUACACCACAGUUAUCUACAGCAUACAUGUAGUCAUUCACACAUGCACAUUCAUACACACACAAAUUCACUUAAUCACAUACAACAGGGACAGGGUUUUACAAAAAUGUUAACCUUAAAAUGAAUCAAUUAUAACAUGAAUUAGUAAAUAAUAAUCUUAAGAAAUGACUUUGUCAAAGCAACAAAAUAACUAGGGCUUUACAAUGAUGGUGGAAAUUGAGAAAUGUUGGGGUUAAGUGGGUUAAAAUAUUCUUAGAAGUCACAGAGGAUGCCAGAGGGACAUGUCAAAAUGCUGAAUUUUGGCACUUUAGUUUUUAUUAAAGAUGGACUAUGCAGAAAUCGCUCCUCCAUUUCCUGGUUGCUAAAAUUCUAAUUCAAUAUCUUUUCCAUAACCAAAAAAUAUUGUAUUUUCAGCUGUUUGAAGCUGAUGUACAAAACAGAAAGUAAAAGACGCAAAGACGAAAUGUAAGAAUGGGAAGCAUAGAAAUAACACACAUAGAACAGAUCUACCGCUUCUUAGACUUAGAAUUUCUAUGUGAAUUUGGGUGGGUCGUCCAAAAAGUUACAUAUUGCAGCUUUUAAUAUACAAAUCAGUUUUGUUGAAUUUUCCAUGUGCUCUAUAUUAAAGGGCACUUCAUUUAAUAUAUCAGGCUUUUAAUAUUCAAUAUUUGUGCACAAUUUCUGCUUGAAACAUCAAAGGGACGCAAAAGGCACUCAUUUUGUAGAACGACCUAUUCAUUAUCAAUGAACAAAAAAAUAUAUUUAGUCUUUCAAUUAUUUGACGUAUAUAUAUUUUUUGACGAUUCAAUAUUUAAUUGUUUAUGCAGACUUCCGGUGAUCUUCUUGAAAUGGCAGUAUAGUUUGGUGUAGUAUUACGUUUAUUAUUAAACAUAGUUAUAAUUACGCAGAAUAAUUUUAAAGUCAGCUAUUGAUGUAGGCAUUAGGUCAAUGCGUACAUUUCAAAAUCAGUUAAUGCACUUUAAUUUCUUAAUUUAGUCUUUGAGUGUGCACUUGUUUGUUGCCUUUGAUGUAAAUAGUUUGGUAUGUUCUGUUAAUUGUAUUUGGAGAAUUACCUGAUAAAACCUCUACACCUUAUUUUCCUGGCUUUAUUUGGGCUGUUUUUAUCUACUCGAUUUAGACAUGAAAGGUUGGAUUGGAUUAAUAGAAUCAUUUUUUGUUUGUUAUUUCAUAAUUAUUAACUAAUGUUACAAAACAGAAAAUGGAACAGAAGUGAUGUGUUCUGUAACGUUCAUAGUUUUGACGCUUUGGACACAUUUUCUUCUGGUUAACGUUAGUGCUCACUGCUCGACACACACACACACAGUGAGAAGCCCGGUCACAGCAUGCUAUUUAAAGCUUCGUUAACUCUUUGAUAGUUAUUUCUUCACAAUAUGAGAGGUUUGUUAAGCCCCUCCCUCAUCAACAUGGAAGCCUCUUUGACUUAUAGUACACCCCUGACUAUAUACAUAACAGAAUAUCACACCUAUAGAUACCUUACUCAAGCCCUAAUAUCAGACCUAUAGAUACCUUAGUCAAGCCCUAAUAUCACACCUAUAAAUACUUUGAUUCCCCACAUACACAGAGACAGACACAGAGAGAGAAAAAAUGAUGUCCAAGCUAAGCAUUUGAUCAGUGAGCAAUCUUGUGAAAAAUAUACGUUAGACAUCAUGUACACACUUCAUUGUAGGAAAACAGUCAACUGGAAAAUAGUUGCAUUACAACAAUCUCCUCCCAGUUUUCUGCUCCUUUUCUCCCUGUACCACAUAUUUUCCCCCUCUCUUUUCUAUCCAUACUUACUUUUCUCCCUGUACCACAUCUUUUCCCCCUCUCUUCUCUAUCCAUACUUACUUUUCUACUUAUUUUUGCUCUUUCUGGUAUUCUAGCCUUCUCUCCCUCCUCUCUCUCACCCUCUCCACCUUCCUAUGCCCUCCAGCACCCAUCCACCCCUCCCUAACUCUCUUCGUUCCACCUCCCUCUCCCUCCAUCCCUCCAUUAUUUCCUUUUAGUCAGCCCCCCUGCUGAGGGAGUGACACCCAGACACAAACACCCCUCCCUCCUCCGUCUCCUUCUCUCCCUCUCUCCGCCUGACCUUCUUACAAUCUUUCCUUCCCUCCCUGCUUUUCUCCGUCUGUUUUUCUCCCAGGUCUUUUCCACCUCCACCCUUUUCAUUUCCUCUCCUCUGUCCUCUUCUGUUUCUCUCUGUCAUCCAGACUUUUGUUGCCGCCUUUCUUUUUCUCUUUUCCCUUCUCUCUCUUUAUUCCUCAUCUUUCUUUCUCUCUCUUAUUCCUCAUCUCGCUCUCUCUCUCUCAUUUCUCAGCUCGCUCGCACUCUUGCUCUCUUAUUCCUAAUCUCUCUCGCUCCCCCUCUCUCUUAUUCCUCAUCUUCUUCUCUCUUUUCUCAUCUCGCUCUCUCUCUCAUUCUCAGCUCGCUCGCACUCUUGCUUCUCUAUUCCUAAUCCUCUCUUGCUCCACUCUCUCUAUUCCUCAUCUCUCUCCUCUAUCUCUCUCUCUCUCUCUCUCUCUCAAACCCCCCCACCCCCCGGCUCCCGACUCACUUUCUUUGCUCUUUUUUCAUUCGACCUUUAAGAGAAUUUGCAUUGGGGACAUAUUUUAGGGUUGCGCAGUCAGUAGUCAUUUUUCAUGGCAUUUGGCUGUGAGUAAUGGUAAAUAUCCUCCCCUAGUCAUUUUUCUGUAAUUUUUUUUGUUCCAUGCAAGUGAGGCCGUAGUUUUUUGGGAAACUUGAAAAUGACUUGAAUAAUGAACUUUAUUUGUAUUCCUCCUCUCUCCCUCUCUUCCCCUCGCUUAGCAACCGAAGGAUCCAAGCAGAACAAGCAGGAACAAGGUGAGAUACAACUGCACUCAUUGUGUAUGUUUGUGUGUGUGUCAUAUGCACAGCAUGCCCAUUGGAUGGUAUUGAUGAACUGCUAAUUCUCUCUCGCUCUCUCUCUCUCAGGUACUCCAGCUCUUCACAGUGAUGUGUGUUCAAUGAGGACAGUUCCUCUUUCUCUCCUCCUCCUCACCCCGCUCUUUAACUUUCUCUCUAUCUAACAUCCCUCUAUUCAAGCUGACCUCCUGAGUAUCUACCAUGCCCACUGUAGAGAUGGCCUGCCUCACCCACUCAGCCCCUACUUUAAACUAUCCACACCUCAUAGGGAGGCCUAGUCUUAAAUUCAGACCCUACGUUGACUGCAGUAGGGUAGACUUCAACACCACAUACACACACACUCCAACACAUCACCUCUGUCAUUUCUGGAGUGUACUAAUCUUUCUCUUCUUGGUCUCCUCUUUUCUCUCUGUCCACUCUCUCCUCUCGUUCCCUCUCUUCCAUCCCUCGCUCCUGACUAAAGCUCCCUCUGAAACAGACCGGCACUAAUCUACCAUCAAAGCUCUCAUUCUUCAUUUCACACCUUUAUCCUCUCCAUCACUCCAUCCUGUAGACUUCAUCUAUGUCCAGUCUCUCUCUUCCUCUCUCUGUCUCUCUCUGAACAUAAUGAGCCAGCUGAGCCAAAGUGGACCAUCCGGACGUUGUUCUGUUAAAUUACUACUGAGAGGACCAGACUUGGAGGUGACUGGCUGUCAGAGUUGACUGCUUCUGAACAGAACCAUGUUUUUGAGUUGACAUCAUUGGAUUUGAAAGUCCAAAGUGGGACCAAGUUGAAAAAAAACACAGGAACACCAAACGUUGUCCAAACUUUAUUUAAAAAGUUAACCAGUGACGACACUGCCUAAACCAGGAUAUGCUGUGUGCGUGGAACCCUGGGAAUGAUGAACUGGAUAUUGUGACUGGUCUGUGACACCCUCUACUGGGAUUGUACUGGUUAGACUGGUCCAACUGGUCUGUAACACCUGACACUCUGGGAUUGGAGAAUAGACCCUGCUACUCUGUGGUCGUAAUCUGACCAUAUCUGGGAUUAACUGGACUGUUUCUGGUGGUUUACCUCUGUCUUAAAAGGCAAUCAAAAGGAAUUGUGGGAAACACACUGAGGGUAGCGCCACAUCGGCUGAUUGGCAGAUGCUCCUAACCAACCAGGUGUGCAGGUAUUUAGACUGUCUGCUGAGGAUUUAACCAGGCGAGGCCCUCCACCAAUGAGGAGAGGCCUAAAGCUGGUGUUUAUGUUUGAAUAGAGGUUCUUAUUUUAGCGCAGUAAAGACUCUGCUUUAGGUGUUUUAGUUAAAUAUUGAUGUUUUGUAGAGGUCCAGACAUGUUGUCAUCCAUUUGGAUUAUUUGAAACAUUCUGAAAAAUCUGUAAAUUUUUACAUGGCUGAACUUUUUUUAUACAAAUGUUUACACGUGUAGAUUAAACCAGAUUGAUGUUGCUUAUAGCGCUAUAAAAAAAAACUAAAGCUCUUUAAUACAGGUUACCCUGUAUUUGUAGUUAUAAAACAUCAAUUUUUUAUCAUCUGUUCAUUAAACAAAUAGCAUAAACGAAUUCAAUUUUAUUAUCAAUGCAAUUUAAAUUCAUUAACUUGAUUUUGAUUGUGUCAUAUCUUUUAUCUGUUGGUUAGAUAUAGGACAUUUAUGAAUUUAUUAGUUUAAUGCAAUUUCAUUUUCCUAUCACAAAAGUAAUAUCAGGGAACAAUAUACAUGUUUUGUUUUCAAAAGUGAGAGAUAUAACUGAAAUUAUUCUUAUUAAUUUAAUCCCACAAAAACAAGUGUUUAUUUAAUUAAAUUAAUAAUUCUGAUUAUUUGCUUACCUUAAUCCAACAUUAAUCAUUGACAAUUUACCCCCAUUAAUCUUUCUUAAAUACAGGCUUUUCUGGGCUGCAGUUUUUUCCACAAUCUAAUGUUGUCUUUGGUCACAGCAUUUAGAAAACAACGUUUUCUUUCAGAAUAAAUAUGUUGACUAUUAGUUAUACCUGUAAGCACUUACUCAUGAAGAGGAGUCUGUAGUAUUACUUUACUCACACAUUUGGAUACCAAUAUACCUUCAAUGACAGUUAAAUCAUUUCUUUCUGGUCUACGCAGGUUAUUCAGUAAUGUUCUGAUUGUUCCAGCGGUGUGAACACUGAUGUCUGGAACCAUGUUGUAUAAAGCUGGUGCUACCAGAUGUAGAGUUUAUUACGAUCAGAUCAUAGGAAAAAAUAUUUGUCGUUUAGUUUUUUUGUUUUCACAUUUUAGUGAAGAAUGUAGCAUCUUCUAUGAAGAGCGAACUGCAAUCUGAGCCCUUUUAUACAAGGUGACGACAAAAUAAAUAUGAUUGCAAUAAGAGUGAAUUUUCUUAACUAGAUUUUCCUGGUUUAUUUGUCUUCAUUUUUGUUUCUUUGUUUUACUACAGGAAGUCCUAUAAUCAAGACUAAUUUAGACAAUAUACAUACAAAUACACACCUUUUAUUUUUGGAAUACAAUCCUAGUAUGUUCAUAAUGAGACCUCGGAGACUUCAGAUGACCUUGUGGUUUGAAAGGCCAUUGUAACCUGAGAAACCCAACGGAAUAUUGAGCUGAGUUUAUAUUUUAUGUACAGUCGGCAGAACCCUGAUAAGACUGAGACAUUGCAUACUCCUGGGAGUACUUCUCGUUCAUACAUCAUAGCUCGUACAUCUAUACAGUAUAAUAUGUACAGUAGUUAUUUAUAUUCCUAUCAUGACAGAUAUGCAACAAUGAAUACAGUAAUAUGAGCAUUUGUUUAAGAUACACAUCUAAAUAACCUAUACAUUUGCGCAGUUGGGCGUGCCGCGACCGUUAGACCCGAUGACGUGUUUCUGCGCAUGAGCUUAGCUAGCUAAUGUCGCCAUGACAUCGCUUACAAGUGUGAUCAGGGAUUUCUAUUGGAGAAAAAGUUUCUGCCCAUCUUCAUACUGUACUAUCUUUGGCCUAUAGGUUUGAAAAUACAUUUCCAUUUAUGUCGGUUUUAAAUUAUGGCACCAGAUAUCCAAUAUCCCUGGAUACGAUGGCUAAUGCCUCUUAUUGCAUGGUUUAUGAACUCACCUGAUUUGUAUUUAUUAUGGAUCCCCAUUUGUUCCUGCCAAGGCAGCAGCUACUCUUCCUGGGGUCCAGCAACAUUAAGGUAGUUAUAUACAAUUUAAAAAUGUUACAUUUCAUAACACUUUACCCAAUACAUUUAGUGUGUUCCCACAGAUAAUACAUGCUCUUUAGGACUGGUUCUGGGUUUGACCUUCACUUAGCUUCCCCUGGUGGCUCUUAUGGACCAUAGCAGUUAGUAUGGAGGGCACUGGUUCAACACUUCAUAGAUGUAGUCAACACUUCAUGGUGUAGUCAAUCUCAUUGUGAAGCUGAAGGCAAUAUCCACCUUUUAAUGGACAAUAAUGUUUUUCUAAUAACAUUUCAUUUAAAUGUUUAUUUUCCACUUCCAAUUUUCAUACCACCUUCAAACUCAGGUCAGACUCUUUUCUGAUUUCAGAGAGCAGUUUGACCACAGAAGGUAGUUUCUCUUGUUCCAUGUGGAUAAAAAGACUCUAACACUAAGGACUGUGCCUGUCUUCUGGAUUCGGUGCUGCAUGUACUUCAGACACAGGUAGAGUAGUGCUGGGGUGAGGGGGCAUUGAUGCUUUAGUUUUAUUUUGUGACCCCAGGAACCUUCAACCAUUGGGAGUAACUUCCACAAAAUGUUUAAAUCCAGAGGAAGCACCUGCUUUAGGAUUGUGAAGUCUCUAGGGGGAGACUUAAUUAUGCCAAUGGACGCCAGGGCUUGUCUUAAGAAUACCCACUUAAUCGAUGGUUGCCUGGCCAGGGAAACUUUGUAUGGCAUGCUCUUGUGGUGGUAUUUGAAUCCUUCCUCUAAACGAGGGUGCUAGGUACAUCUGCAGACGAUUGGCAAGUAUUGUGGCAAAUAUUUUGUAUGGUCGGUUCAGUACCUUCUUGAAUUUUGCAGGUAUUUUUAUUUUCUUGCUGAGUAUUUCAUUGUAAUAAUGUUUCAAUAUCUCUGUUUUCAUGAGGUUCUCAUCCCUUGAUCCAUUUGAGUUGGUCAAGGAUUUCAUUGCCACAAGGACUUCCGCUCCACUUAUUUUUCCUGCUCUUCUAUCUAAUUUGUUCUUGUCUUGUAUUCUGCUAUCUCCUAACAUCCUCAGCUUUUGAUGAACAUCUGUUCACAUACUUCCUAUUUUAGGAAUGUGGAUCUUCAGAGACACAGGGUUGUGAUCUGAAAUCCCUGGAACAGUGUGAAUCUCACAAAUCUGAGCACAUGUGGCUUUGUCCUGUUGCAUGAAGAACAUAUCUAACCGGGAGUAGCUGGUGUUCUGAGAGUGAGUGAAGGCUUGCUCUUUUGGGUGUAGUCUUGCCCAGAUGUCCACUAGGUUCCGAAAGGAGAUGAACUCUUCCAGAUGAGGCCUCAAGGCUGUGUGCUGUCUAUGUUCAGAUGCAGAGAUCCUGUCAAAGUCAGGGUCAAGGACUGUUGAAAUCCCCUCCAAUCACUAAGAUGCCAGGGGCCAUAUCCUGAAGAUACUGUGACAGCCUCUUCAGUACUUUCUUGUCUUCUUUAUGAUUGUACACAUUCACAAUAGUGAAGUGUUUACCAUACAGCCGACAGAACAGCAUAAUGUAGCCACCAGUGUAAUCUUCAUCAUGGCAGAUGUACUCAUAGUGUGGUAUGUUUUUAUUCACCUGUAUGGCCACUCCUUUGCUAUUUGGAGAGUAAACAGUAAAGUAAGAGAUCCAACCUCUCACUUCAUUUAUGUCAUUGUAACUUUUAGGUCCAAUGUGAGUUUCUUGAAGGAAGAUUGCGUCAGUACAUAUAAAAAACAAAGUAUAAUAACCUCACCUGUGUAGCGCUGAUCCAGGUGUGACUUCUCUGCCGUGCUGUAUGACUUCUGAUACUCAGGUGAGUCUCUUUUAAAUAAUAAAGGUUGCGUACAUCCAUAAAAACAACCACACCCGGCUCUGCAUCAUACCAGCACCAAUUAUUAGAUAGAUACUGGUGACGACUCAUGGAAUGGCCCUUGACCGCGAGUCAGACAGUUACACAUGAAUUUUGUUUCAUACACAUUUCUAUUUCUAAUCCCAGUUUUGAAUCACUACCUUUACAUUUGAUCAAGCUAAUUAUGUUAUUGUUGAAGUAGGAAUUAUUGCCAAUGUCAUCAAAUUAUUAUUAUUUAUUAAAGUCUCAUUUUAUACAUCUCACUUGUAUGUCUCUUGAACCUUUAGAAGUAAUUAAAUCAGGAGGAUUUGUCUCUCUAUUUGACUUUCCAUUGUAAGGUGUAAUAUAUAAUUACUGCAUCCUUAGUUUUGAGGUGGUGGGGGCGUGUGAAUUUUCUUAUUUUUAGUUUUAUUUAUGUUCUUCUUUCGGAGUUAAGAAAUGUCUUCUGAGAAUUGCGUGUCAACACUUGAGGACAAAUUGCUUUAUUUUCCUACAAGUUCAGUGACGGUAGUGCAGGAUGUACUAGAUAACUGGGUUAUGAUCUUCAUUAUGAUUCAAUGAACUGUCUUGAGGUCAUUUCUAUAACUUCACAAAGUUCUCAUGUGUUUGUUCAGUCUGUACAGAGACAAUGGAUGAUUACUGUGUCUUAAUUGUUAAAUGUCAUUUUGUGAUUCCCUUUACUGAUUACAGUGGAAAUGUUGAUGUGUCAUCCCUGUUGUGCUGUAUGACCGGUGAUACUCAGGUCACUUUAAAUAUGAAAUGUUUAAGAAAAAAAACAACCACGCCCAUAGCUGCAUUGUCAAAUAAUUUGUAUUGCAAUGUUUUAUCAAAGUUAAAGACACAUAGUAAUUUAUAUGUUUAUGUUUCUGAAACCUAUAGAAUAAAUGAAAUUAGGAGCAUUUAAUAAAUAUUUACUAUGAAUAACCACGUUUCCUUCCAUAGUUUUUAAGCGAGUAAAGUCAUACUGUAUAAAAAAAAAUCAAGACAGUUGUGAUGGAAACAGGAAGUGUUGGUACAAUUUUAUAAAUACCGACAGAUAAUUUGUUCGUUCGACAUGGUGAGAUAUUGUUGUGGCUGUAAAAUGAUUGAUACGAGAAAUGGCGAUGAAAAUGCCUUUAUGCGCAAAUAUUAAUAUAACAAUAUCGAAGUAACCUUGGAGUCACGCAAUGAUAGUGUGUGUGUGUGGUCCUCCCACUACGACUCCGGAAACCAUGCAGUUUAUUAGGCUACAGAUGAAAGAAGUUAUGAACUUCACAGGGUGGUGAAAGUGACCUUGAUGCUGCUUGUCCCCCUCCGAAAACUUUUCAUUGUGCUUGAUAAGCAUGUGAUUUGUCAUGGAGCUAGUUGUGCUGUGAUCGGACAGCUUGAUAGUUAUAGGGAACCUAAAUAGCAUAAGCUUAUCCUGGCACUCAGGCCAGGUAGCCCACAUCUGUGCACACUCAAGAGUACGGGUUCACACAACAAUGACAAGAUGGAGAAACGUAAGUAGUAAGUAGCCUUGCACGAGCCUUGUACAAGCUAGAAAGGCUCAUAGGAGCAGGAUCUCCUGUUUAUGUAGCGUGAGGCAGCUUGAUGUUCAAGUACACCCCCUUGACAGGAUGCUAGUUUAUCGCAGAGCCCUACUCCCAAUCUAUCUCUUUAAUGCUGAGUGCUAAGAAGAGGCGCAGUGGGUCCCAUUGUUAUAGUUUUUGGUAUGACUUGACCGGUGAUCGAACUCCUGACCUUCCAAUCUCAGGGCAGCUAAGUUGGCUACUGAUACUCAGGUGAGCUUCUUUAAAGGUUGCGUGCAUCUAAACAAACAUCCACACGCACCUCUGCGUCACACCAGCACCUAUCGUUAGAUAGAUGCCAGUGAUAUGACUUAUGGGAUGCCACCCGUAAAACAGUUUUACUCUAGGCUGUAAUUGCUGUCAAAGGUGUUUCAACAAAGUACUGAGUAAAGGGUCUGAAUACUUUAUGUAAAUAAGUAUUCAGAAGAAAUAAGAAAAAAAUAUUUAAUCAAUUUUAGAAUAAGGCUGCAAUGUAACAAAAAGUGGAAAAAGUCAAGGGGUCUGAAUACUUUCCAAAUGCACUUUACAUAUAGGUAGGGAUAAAGCAUCUAUAAGCUCGGUGCGUUUGCUUUAAGUGAACUUUUUGAUGUCUGGUUUGAAAGGCUUUUCAAAAACUCUCUCGUACCCCAAUAUAAGCAGGGGUCAAUGUUUUAUUAAAUGAACUCAGAACUGUGGCAAACAUGAGAUUAUAAGAAUUAAAGCUAGAUACAAACUUAAAUCACCUCACUUAGUCACACCUCACAUGAGACGGUUCAAAGAACUCUCUCUAACUCUCUCUCUCUCUUCACUUUCAUCCCCUUUAAAUGUGACGCGUUUAAUACUGAACAUCCCAUUUCCUGCAUUCUGGUUGGUCGACUUUACAUGCAGAUCGGUUUGUGAUUUUCAUAGACUCAAAGGUCUCGCUCCUCUCCAGAUGAUUUCUAACAACUGAGAAUCCAUUCAUCCUGUGUGUUCACCAUCCCUCUCAGGAAGGGGAUCUGAAUCGCUGUCUCAUGCUGCCUCUGUCUCCUCUUACACUGAGAGAGCCAGCAUGGAAUUUGAUUAGAGGCCUUCCUCUAUAGAACACUAUCUGAAGAAAGCUUACAUCUGGGGACGUUAAAGCAAUGGUUCAUUACCAAAUCAAAGUCUGUCAGACCUUUUCCACUCCUUUUUCACAUCAACAGUGGUCUAAAGUCAAGCUGUGUCUGUAUUCCAUGCCAUCUGUUGUGUAAAUAAAUUCAGCAAUAUGCAUUAUGGGAAAUGUACAGGCCUCCAUCCCAGACAAAUGGGAAAGAUUGGCACCAUCUAGCUCCUGUUUAUUAGACUGUGAAACUUUGAUAGAGAAAGUUGGACAUGAAAUACUAGUGAGUGAGGGUGAACGGAGUAAAGGGAGGAACUGGAAGAGAGAGAGAGGAUGGUAUUGAAGGAGAAAAAACAUAGAAUGAUGGAUUGCGGUGGAGGAUGGGGGAAGAAAGAGGGUGGGAGGGGGAGGGAUUGGGGGAGAGUGAGGCGAGGAGGGUGGGAUCAGGAAGUGUGGGUGCCUUGGUAGUUAAUAGCAGAGCUGAGUCUGCUUCAGGUAAACAAUCUGACCCUGAUUACUGAACAAACAGGACACCUGCUCGACUGACCAAUCACACACAUGCACACACAUUUCAUUUGUAAUUGACAACACACACACUCUCUCUCUUUUUUCAUAGUUAUUUUCAUAAUUUGUUGAAUAUUUUCCAAAUUAGGCCAAUCUUAAAAAAACACAGGAACACUGAACGUUUACCAAACUUUAUUAAAAAAGUUCACCAGUGAUGACACUGCCCAAACCAGGACCCUAGGAAUGAACCCUAGGAAUGCUGAAAUGGAAUUCAGUGACUGGUCUGCUACGCCCUCUACUGGGAUCAUACUGGUUAGACUGGUCCAAAUGGGCUGUAAUGCUUUGAACACACCAACUGCGUCGUUGCGCAAAAUAGUAUGCAGCAUCAUCUAGAUAUGUGUGCAACAAGUUCAACAUUCACCUUCUGCUACCAUUUCUGUCAUCCCGUUUACCCAUACAGUUUGACGCAUACGUUCGAUAAAUCCAAUGUACGCACCACACAGAACGCACUGCAACUGCCUCUGCAACGCAAUGCUGCAAGGCAAACGCAGCGUUCCAUUGGAAAUGAAUGUACUUCUGGUGUACCAAAAUGGAAUGACGCAGUCGAUGUAUUCAAAGCAUGACACCUGAUACUCUGGGAUUGGAGAAUAGACCCUGCUACUCUGUGGUCGUAAUCUGACCAUAUCUGCAAUUAUCUGGACCCGUGGCUGGUGGUUUACCUCUCAGAUUGGGAUUGAAUUGGGAGGGGCUGAGGGAGGGAGGGUUCUAUCCCUACUCCCCUUCUUGUUCUGGCAUGGGACUCUCUCACCCCACUCCUUCCCCCAGUACCCCCGUCCCGCUUCUUCAGUCUUAAAAGGCAAUCAAAAGGAAUCUUGGGACCCAUCGGCUGAUUGGCGGAUGCUCCUGACCAACUAGGUGUGCCGUUUUUUAGACUGCCUGCUGAGCACUUAACCAGGUGAGGCCCUCCACCAAAUGAGGAGAGGCUUACAGCUGGUGUUUGUAUGAAUAGAUGUUUUUGUUUUAGCGCAGUAAAGACUCUGCUUUAGGUGUUUCAGUUAAAUGUUUAUGUCUUGUAGAGGUCCAGACAUUCUGAUUAUUUGAAACAUUCUGAAAAAUCUCUGAAUUGUUACAUGGCUGAACGUUUUUACAAAUGUUUACAGGUGUAGAUGAACUCAGUGUGGUUAUGCUUGUAGCUCUAUCAACAAUAACUGAAGCUCUUUAGUGCAGGUUACCCUGUAUUUCUUUGUUAUAAAACAUAUAUUAUUUGAUCAUCUGUUCAUUAAGCAAAUAGCAUAAAUGAAUUCAAUGUUAUUAUCAAUGCAAUUUAAAUGCAUUACUUUUAUUUUGAUUGUGUAAUAUGGUUAUUAUCUGUUGGUUAGAUAUAUGACAUGUAUAAAUGUAUUACUUUAAUGAAAUUUCAUUUUCCAAUCACAAAAGUCAUAUCAGGAAACACUAAAGUGCAUUUACAGUAGAAGUGUGUUACAAAUAUAUCACAAACCUAACAAACAUACAUGUUUUGUUUUCAAAAGUGAGAGAUAUAACUGAAAUUAUUAUUAAUUUAAUCCCACACAAACGAGUGUAUAUUUAAUUAAAUUAAUAAUUCUGAUUAUUUGCUUACCUUAAUCCAUCAUUAAUCAGUGACAAUUUACCCCCAUUAAUCAUUCUUAAAUACAGGCUUUUCUGGGAUGCAGUUUUUUCCACAUUCUAAUGUUGUCUUUUGUCACAGCAUUUAGAAAACAACAUUUUCUUUCAGAAUAAAUAUGUUGACUAUUAGUUAUACCUGUAAGCACUUACUCAUGAAGAGGAGUCUGUAGUAUUACUUUACUCACACAUUUGGAUACCAAUAUACCUUCAAUGACAGUUAAAUAAUUUCUUUCUGGUCUACGCAGGUUAUUCAGUAAUGUUCUGAUUGUUCCAGCGGUGUGAACACUGAUGUCUGGAACCAUGUUGUAUAAAGCUGGUGCUACCAGAUGUAGAGUUUAUUACGAUCAGAUCAUAGGAAAAAAUAUUUGUCGUUUUGUUUUUUCGUUUUCACAUUUUAGUGAAGAAUGUAGCAUCUUCUAUGAAGAGCGAACUGCAAUCUGAGCCCUUUUAUACAAGGUGACG